AUGUCAGAACAAGAGAAUGGUAUGCAGGAAAAACCGCAAUGGAUAGAACUCGAGCUUCCGGGUUUGUUUUCUACUGAUAAAGUUCGAGAACUCCAUGCAACAAUCCAACACGAUUGGGAUCCAUUGAGACGAUCAGCAUGCCAAACGGCAGCUGGAAGAGCUCUAUGGAAACAUGUGAUUGACGAUCCACUUGCAGAUUUGCUAGCAGGAGAAACAUACCUCAGAAACCUCCACGACAAGAUAAAGAAUGAUCAACUUAACAAUGCCCGAGAAAUUUCAGGGGUGCUUCUUGCAGUUCGAACCCUCUGGUUCGAUUCAAAUCUGGAAGCUGCUCUCAACUCUUUCAGUGGAGAUGCACAGGUUGUUUUCCUUGGCGCAGGAAUGGAUACAAGAGCAUACCGCCUAAGCUGCUUGAAGGAAAGCAGUGUCUUUGAAGUUGAUUUUCCAGAAGUCUUAGAUGUGAAAACAACUCUUCUACAGGCAGCCAUGGAAUCAAUGGAUGAACUUAAAUGUCCAAAAAUGAUGGCAAAAUCCCUACACAGAGUAGCAGCCGACAUCAGAAUUAAUGACUGGCCCGAAAAGCUUCAGACAUCAGGGUUCGUGCCACAGAAGAACACAGUAUGGGUGCUAGAAGGCAUCCUCUACUAUCUCUCUCAUACUCAAGCCAUGCAGGUGCUGAAGAGCAUAGCUGACAAGUGUGCCCUUGCCCACACAGUUCUGCUGGCAGAUUUCAUGAACAAACCAUCCACCACAAUGUCGAGUUCCAUCUUUCAUUUCUACAGUGAUUGGCCUGAUCAUCUUUUGCCUCCUCUAGGAUUUUCCAAUGUAAGGCUUUCACAAAUUGGUGAUCCUGAUGCUCAUUUUGGUCUCAUGGAUGACCCAUUAAAUCUGUUCAACAGGCUCCGCAGCUUGCCCAGAUCAAUGCAGACCUACCCUGAAGAUGGAAAGCCUUGUUGUCGUUUGUAUUUGGUGCAGGCAUCUGGUUUGCCUGAUCAAACUAACCAACAGUAAGAACAAUUCGGCUGUAUAGUUGAAAUAAUACGCAUAAAGCAUUGCACCCCAUUUAUAGCAUAAGUGUAAGAAUCACUCUUUUCAGUAUUUGCACCUGUGUGUUCGAUUCUCCAAGUAAUUCACCAGUAUAUUGCAGCA